GUGUAUAUCCUAGCUUGCCAAAUACUUUCGUUUUAGUUUGGCGCUUCGAACAACAGUGAGCAGAAGGUUUAAUUGUGAAUUAUUGUCGAUGGUCGUCGUUAACAUGAGGCUCCUGGCAAUUUUGGCAGUUCUUGCUGCCGUUUGCUGGAAAGUGGACUCCAAGUUCAGUCCACCCAAGGUUCAGGUAUACAGCCACAAGCCGGCACAGUUCGGUGAGCAAAACACGGUGAUCUGUCACGUGAGCGAAUUCCACCCACCAGACAUCAACAUCCAGUUGUUCAAGAAUGGAGUCGAGAUCACAGAGGCCGUUCAGACUGACCUGAGCUUCAAGAAGAACUGGCACUUCCAUCUGACCAAGCACAUUGACAUCACUCCCAUGGAGGGAGACAAGUACAUCUGUAAGGUCAUUCAUGCGACGGGUCCCGCUAAAGACUACGACUGGGAGCCCAACAUGUGAGCGGAGGCGUGGCUAUCAGUGACACUCGGAAUCCACCGGGAAUAGCCACCUCAUUUUACCAUUCAUUCAUACCAUUCACUCUCUUCCAUAAAUCUGUCUUCUCUUGAAUUACAUUUGGUGGUUUUAGCUUGGAUUUCUUCAUUCAAAGAAAACACAAAAUAUCUGCCUCACCUUCAUUCUUCUUAAGGGAAAUAUGGCAAUGUUUUCCAUAAAAUAAGGUCUGUGUGUCAGUCAAUAAUUAAUUCAAUUUUAAUUCAAUAAUCAGUUUGGGACAAAAUACAUACAGUAGUGUACAUGGGCCCGAUAGUUUUUGCAAUUGUACUCUAAAUAUCUUGAUUUGUAAUAAAGAAAAUGUGAUGAACUAUACUGCCUAUUAAAUUUCUCUAAAAACUAUUGCCUGGUCAUUACAUGUUUGCAAGGUCUCCCAAUCAAACGUUCAUUAUAGAAAUGUGGUGUUUUCAGAGCAGAAAUGUCAUUUCCUGUGUUGUAUUUUAAUAUGAUUUCAUUAUUCGUUGCUUUUAUCACCUUAGAGCUAGUGGGUGUCCUAACUUUUUCCACAUACAUUCAUAUUCUUUUCUUGUGUUUUUUUGUUUCUUGUCAUUUUCUUGUGUUGUUCUUUCUUUCUUUCUUUCUUGGGAGAAUGAACAGAACAAGAAUUUCAUUGCAUAUGAGAACUACCUGUUUUACUGUGCAAAUGACAAUAAAACUCUUGAAUCUUGAA